UAGUCUCUAACUUGCCAACAAAACCAUUCACAUUUUACACUGUAUACAAAAAAUGGUAGAUAAUUAUUUGGUAAAAAGUUCUAUUAUCGUCAAGUAGUGGCUCAUAGAAAAUGUGUUUUUGAAAAUCUUGCCCAAAACUCUUAUCCAAAAAUGAAUCAACGUGUACCAAGACUAAUAUCGUAUACAUAACCUAUACUAAGUAGAAAAAAUGAAUUUUAUUUUGAGACAACUAAAUGUAAUAGGAUGGAAUCGAAUGUUAGCCCUUUUAUUAUUAGUAUGGAUAAUCAUUUUGCUAUUUACAAUUAUACCGAUGUUAACAAAUCACUUGUCAACGUCUACAGAUACACUUACGUCCGACCGAUUGAACAGAGCUUUAGCUGAUUUGGACGUGCUUCGGAAGCAAAAUGUGGAAUUGCAAGAGGUACUCAAAGGAAUCAGUGUAGCUAAUUUAAAACCGGACCAGAAAGAAGCGUUAGAAAACUUUCAACAUCGGUUAAUUAAAGCUGACCGAACUUUAAAUGACGAAGAUGAAGGAUACAUCCAUCAGAAGGAAGAUCCGAGUAUGCAGUAUGAGAUUUUGAGGAGACGGCUGUCGAAUAGCGUACAAGAGUUUUGGUAUUACAUGCACUCCGAACUUAAAAAAUUACAAAAUCAUGUCCAAGAAUCUCAAUUACAAACCGCUGUCAAGUCGAUUGUCAAUUUAGGAAUGCAACAUAAACAAUCUCUACUGAAUGAUCUGGAAAAGCUGGCAGAAGUAGACGGGUACGCGACAUGGCGGGAAAAGGAAGCUAAUGAUCUGAGUAAUUUAGUCCAGGCGAGGUUUCGAUUUUUGCAGAACCCGACCGACUGUAAAAAGGCCAAAAAGUUGGUCUGUAAUUUGAAUAAGGGAUGUGGCUAUGGGUGUCAGUUGCAUCAUGUAGUAUACUGUUUUAUGGUGGCAUACGGAACGCAACGUACGUUAAUAUUAAAAUCCAAGGGGUGGAGGUAUCACAAGACCGGUUGGGAGGAGGUCUUCCAGCCCAUCAGCGAAUCUUGCAUGUCGACGGAUGGGGAAACUGUCACUAACUGGCCAGGUUACGGCAACGUGCAGGUUUUAACGUUGCCAAUUAUCGAUUCGAUCUCGCCAAGACCGCCUUUUUUGCCUUUAGCAAUUCCCGAAGACCUCGCACCGCGACUGCUAAGACUACAUGGUGAUCCGUUUGUUUGGUGGGUGGGACAAAUUCUGAAGUAUUUACUUCGGCCGCAGGAAAAGACAUCGUUGCUUAUGCAGAAUGCGAUUACGAAUUUAAAUUUUCAAAGGCCUAUUGUUGGAGUGCACGUUAGACGAACAGAUAAGGUUGGCACCGAAGCUGCAUUCCACGGAAUCGAAGAAUACAUGAAUGUAGUAGACGAAUACUACAACCAAUUGGAACUGAAGAAAAAGGUGGACAAGCGAAGAAUUUACUUGGCCACCGACGACCCGAAAGUAAUCGCCGACGCCAAAGCCAAAUACAGACACUAUGAGAUAUUAGGCGAUCCAAAAAUAUCCAAAACUGCUGCUGUAGCUAGUCGAUAUUCCGAUACAUCCUUGCAAGGAAUUAUUUUAGAUAUACACAUGUUAUCUAUGACUGAUUAUUUAGUUUGUACAUUCUCGUCGCAGGUAUGCCGGAUAGCGUACGAAAUCAUGCAAAAUUAUUACCCUGACGCUUCGUCGAAAUUCAGAUCGCUCGACGACGUCUACUACUACGGCGGACAAACGGCGAACAAUCGUGUCGCCGUUUUCCCGCACGAACCUCAAGUGGGCGAGAUACAGCUCAAGAUCGGAGACGUGAUCGCCAUCGCGGGUAACCACUGGAACGGUUUCAGCAAAGGUAGAAAUUUAAGGACGAAUCAGAUGGGGCUGUUUCCCAGUUUUAAGGUCAAACCCAAAAUCGAAAUAGCUAAAUUUCCUACGUAUUCGGAGAUGUACAAUAAUCAAAAUGCCGAAGAUAGUUAGUGCGACGAUACUGCUCAAACGUUACGUGCACAACUUUCGGUUAGAUCUGACUUUAGUGAAAUUUUUCCCGAUUAUUUUCUAAUGAGGUUAGUUGUCCUCUUUUUUUUUUUAUCCGUAAGAGUUUAAAUUUUGUACCUGAUCAGAUGGCAUUAGUUUUAUGUCAGAAUUGGAAAACACAAGGCAACUCGUUCCAAGACUUAGUUUUAGCAAUUUUUUGUGUUUUUCCGUUUGAGAUCCCGAGGACGUGUUAGGGUGAGAAAAUUUAAUUUAUUAAAAACGCAACCUUAGACACUAAUGUGAAUCUUUGGCUACAGUAGUCUAGAUUUCUUACAUUCCAUUUGCCUUCAAAUCUCGCCCAUUUCGACAACCACCUGUUCCAUCAUGGCAAAAUGUUUUUCUUUGUUCUUUUAUUUCUCCUGCUCUUGUAAGUUCAUUCAUGCUUAUAGGAUCACGUGGCCCCUUUAAGGUAAGUACAUUUUCAUAUUAAACGGAUUUAUUUGUUUUUAAAAUGCACUUAGUCGAAUCUAUCGUCACUACAAGCUACAGUGGGUACAGUAAAGUCUGGCUCUGACUUUAUGUCCAAGUAUCAAACAAAAUUAAAAUGAUAGUGUUGCAGGCACUCUCAAGGGUAUGUAAUUCCUCUUUUGAAAAAAAAUAGAAAUCUGAUUUGGAUUCCAAGAAAACCUCAAAAUUCUGGGAGCCCAAAUUGCGAAAAAAAUAUCAUAACUGGAUGGAAUUUAGGAAAAACCAAUAAGAAUUCUCAAUACAAUUUGUAAAAAAUUCAAAAUUGAUCUUGAGCACCCCCUUAAACACAUUAAGUGGAAUAUCGGAUGGCGCACCUUUAUUUCCUUUAAAUUUAUGGCAGGCAGUUUUGAGAUUUCUCUCAGAAUUCAGAGUUUUGAAGAGAAUAAAUUAUUUUCAGUUUAAUGCCAAUAUGACUUUAGAUUUAGUCGUGUUUUCGCUCUCUGGCCUCUACUCUCUAAGAUUUUCAUCAGAACUCUGAAUUUUUUAUGUAAAUUUCGAGUUGUCACGGAACUCGGUACUUUGACAAAAUUAUGUCAUUUUUAAUUCGAUUCCUAUAUGCUGGUUCCCUGGUUAAAAAUAAGUAUCACACGCUAUGGUUUUUUAAAUUAGGUUUUGACUAAAAAUCCGAAUUAUUUAAUUUUCUAGAGAGUGCCUUGGAAACAAAAGACCGAAAAAUGCCGUGAAAUUAUUACCAAUGAAAAUACAAGAAACAAACAGCUCUAACUAAUAUAAAUUUAAAGAGGCAUAGCGGCGAGAACAAAAAACGUAAUAUCUGUAAAGAUAGCCAUAAUUGAUCAUUUUUGACAAAUCUUAAUUUCCGGGCACCGUUUAUAUACCAAAAAUAAGUUUGAUUUUGGUUUUUAUCUUCUUAGGAACAUCCUAUCCUCUAGAAGAUAUCUAAACUUCCUCAAGGUUAUCAACUGCCCUGUAUAUUUUACUGUACCUAUUUUAGUUUGUGCAUUUUCGAGUACUUGCUUUCUUUCAAGAGAGGGAUACAGGGUAUUUUGUAUGUGAUAAGUUCCUUACUAACAAUAUCGUUGAGAAAUUCGGCUACACACAAAUAGAUUUCGCGACCCAUACCGAUUUAUCCCAGCCUCUUGCCUCAUACAUUUGUAAAGUCUGAACGAUUGUCACAAGUACAUCUUAUACUUAAGCAAUAACGCAAUCCUUUCAUAUUUUGCUCAAUUCUGCUAGCAGUCUUUAAUAAUACAAUGCUGUUGAAGUGUUGUCACUGCCAUCAAAUUGUCGACAGUUGCUUACCCCCCUCCCCCAAGCUCUUGCCCUUUACAAGUUAACAUGCAACUAUUUUUUUGUAGAAACUGUUUUCUUGUUACACAGAGAGCGUUAUGACGAGAUAAUGCAGAUUGCAGCACUGCCAUUAUGUAGUCAUCCGAACAGUUUGUGAUAUAUGUACUUGUGAUAUUUAACCUUAUGUGAUCAUUCUCUUGACUACUUCUUUUUUUCAUAUAUUUUUCAUCAUCAUUUACAAUGUUGAUAAAUGUAAUGCUGCAAAUCUCUUCCUCCAUUUGUUAUAAUUACUAAUAAGUUUAUUCUUGCUUGCCUUCCAAGUGUUUCUUCCGAUUGUUCUCGUGUUAGUGUACAGAAAACUUAGCCAGGGCGCGCAGAAAUUUAGCCUAAUUUACAAUAACCGCCCUCUGACUACUUUUCUAUACAACCUAAGAAGUUUAGUUAAAUAGCAGAUCUAUGUCGUAUUUUAAGGUUUAGUGAAUUUUUGGUUGAUCUGUAAUCAUUUUUCUUAUAUGCAAUAUGUUUGAAAUAAUUAAAAAAAUGUAUUGUAACCUGUAAGUCGGUAACUUUUGUUAAUUUGUACAUUAUUUCGCAAGCAUCUGUAAAAUUGUAUACAAGUGUAAUUCGUCCUAAUAUCAAACUCGUCCAUAUCACAAAUCAUUCGAGAAAGGUGCUUGAUUAAUGUAAUUAUCGAUUCUGAAAAAAAACUAUUGUAUCAAUUUACGUCUUUUUCCAAGCUGUGCGCUUUUCAUUUUGUCACGUUUGGAUUGCAGAUCUUAUAGAUGCACUUUCUGUAUGCAGUAAUUGACACUUGAAUAUUUUGUAAUAGAACUAGUCGUUUGCUGUUGCAGUGUUUUUAAAAAAUUUUUACAACUUGUGCAAUAUUUGGAGAGUAUUAACUUUUCUUUAGGCUAUAGACAUAUUAGCUGGCGUAAUGCAAUUUUACAACCAAUGAAUUUAUCUUAACAUUUAUAGGAA